AUGCCGUCUAUUAUAGAACUUGGAGCUCCUGACCGCAAGAACGGCGACUUGACAGUCACUGGCGACUCAAAUGCGCUGCUAUCUCUACUCAAGGACCAGAUUAGCGCUUUUCCUCCUGGCAAACAAUACAGCAUUGCCAUCAAAGAAGUACCCGUCACUGUCGAACGUCUGCCUUACUACCCAAAAGAUGGUGACCGUCUCCAAGAUCCUGGGACCGCCAGGGCAAACAUUGCGGCUUCCAACGAGAGCCCCAACGGAACCUCUCAGGACGACUGGGCUCAGAACCACCAGCACCAAACAGUUGUGCAGCAGCACGUUGUUUACUGGGACAAAGACCAAGAUGGCAUCAUCUGGCCUCUGGAUACCUACCGAGGCUGCCGUGCAUGGGGCUGGAAUCCAAUUCUCUGCUUGCUCGCAACUUUCCUCAUCAACGUCAACCUUUCCUACCCUACUUCUCCUUCCUGGAUUCCUGACCCUUUCUUCCGUAUACACAUCUCGAACCUCCACAAGGACAAGCACGGCAGCGACUCCAUGACUUAUGACAACGAGGGAAGAUUCAGACCUCAAAACUUUGAGGAUCUCUUCGCAAAAUACGAUCGUGGCAACAAAGGUGGCCUUGACGCUUGGGAUCUGGUUAGAAUGCACAAGGGCCAAAGAAUGGCCAUGGAUUUCUUCGGUUGGAGUGCAUCCUUCUUCGAAUGGCUCGCAACAUAUCUCUUACUUUGGCCUGAAGAUGGCAUCAUGCGUAAAGAUGAUGUUCGCAGAAUCUACGAUGGCAGCAUCUUCCAGUUCAAGGCCGACGAGUAUGCCGAGAAGAAGAGAGAUUACGGCCGUGCCAACAGGAGCAUAGAGAGAAGGAAGAAGCAAGCUUAG